AUAGAACAUCCACCUUUUGAACUUACUGAAACAGGAUGGGGAGAAUUUGAAUUAACUAUGAAAUUACAAUUUGUUCCUGAAAGUGGUGAAAAACCUGUAACACUUUAUCAUAAUUUAAGGUUACACCCUUAUGAAGAGGAUGGUUCUAUAUCUACGGCUAAUAAGAAUAAACCAGUUCAAAGUUUUCAAUAUGAUGAAUUGGUAUUCACAGAACCAACAGAAUAUUUGCAUAGUUUAUUUUUACAACAUCCUUCUGCUGGAUUACCACCUCGAUCUACACCUACUAAUCCAUACAGUGUACAAGCUGAAGUAGAUGAAAUUCGAAAAAUUGAAGAGGCAACUAAAAAGGUACAAGAACAAUUAACCAUCUAUAAAAAUAAGUUAGAAAAAACUACAAAGGAAUUAGAUGAUGUCAAAGGGGAAUUAGAACGAAUCAAAAAAUAGAUCUUUAUUUAGGUUAUGUAUAAAUAAUAAUUACAAAAAAAAAAAAAAAAA